AUGGGCAGUAUCCUGGAGCAAACCUACGGACCCCAGAUUGAGGAAGAAGAAACACCCUACACCGCAUACGAAUACAACGAAACUCCAGAGAACCGGUCAUGGGCCGGGGCUCUGCCUGUCAAGCAGGGGCUCUACGACCCUGAGUACGAGAAAGAUGCCUGCGGUGUGGGCUUCGCAGCCCACAUCAAGGGCAAGGCGAGCCACAAGAUCAUCAGCGAUGCAAAAAACCUACUAUGUAACAUGACCCACCGAGGAGCCGUGGGCUCCGAUGCUCGCGACGGUGACGGAGCAGGUGUCAUGACCUCCAUCCCUCAUAGAUUCUUCAUCAAGAACUUUGCCCGCGAGACUGGCUUCGACCUCCCCCUCAAGGCCAAUAUGCAGCUGGAAACCUACAUUGCGGAGAAUCUUGGCUUAAGAGUAUUGGGAUGGCGGGAGGUGCCAAGAGACACAAGCUUGCUCGGACCAGCGGCGCUCAGCAGAGAGCCAUUGAUACUGCAGCCGUUUGUGGUCCUCAGAAGCGCCUACGGUGACGGAAAGAGCCCAGAGCUCACCGACCCUGACCAAUUUCCAGACAUACAUUUCGAGAGACAGCUUUUCGUGUUGAGAAAGAGAGCGACGCACACGAUUGGGUUGCACAAUUGGUUCUAUCUGUGCUCUCUGAGCAACAAGAACAUCGUGUACAAGGGACAGCUUUCCCCGGUGCAGGUUUACCAAUACUACCAUGACUUGGUCUCGGUAGACUACGAGGGACAUUUUGCCCUGGUGCAUUCACGUUUCUCGACAAAUACAUUCCCUAGCUGGGAUCGAGCGCAGCCGUUGAGGUGGGCGGCACACAAUGGCGAGAUCAAUACUUUGCGAGGCAACAAGAACUGGAUGCGAGCAAGAGAAGGCGUCAUGAAGUCUGCUUUCUUCGGCGAAGAUCUAGACUCCCUCUAUCCAAUUGUCGAAGACGGCGGAUCCGACUCAGCAGCAUUUGACAACGUUCUCGAACUCCUCACCAUCAAUGGUGUCCUCUCCCUCCCUGAAGCAGUCAUGCUCAUGAUCCCGGAAGCUUGGCAAGAUAACGCAGCGAUGGACCCAGAGAAGACGGCAUUCUACGAAUGGGCGGCAUGUUUGAUGGAACCAUGGGACGGCCCUGCCUUGUUCACAUUCGCCGAUGGAAGAUACUGCGGUGCGAAUCUUGAUCGAAACGGCCUACGUCCAUGCAGAUACUACGUGACAGACGACGACCGUAUCGUAUGUGCGUCAGAAGUUGGUACAAUCGCAAUACAGCCAGAUAGGGUUGUGCAGAAAGGAAGACUACAGCCAGGAAAGAUGUUGUUGGUUGAUACAGUGGCAGGAAGAAUCAUUGACGAUGCAGAACUAAAGCACAAUGUCGCUAGCAGGCAAGACUUUAGAUCAUGGCUGCAGAAGGAGCUCAUUGAACUUCCAAGUGUUCGUAGCUCACUCGAAGAGCAAGGACAUGACCUAACUCUGAAAUUGAAUGAUACCCGAGUUCAAGAAGAUACCAUGCUGAAAGCAUUUGGGUAUUCCUUCGAACAAGUUAGCCUGCUCUUGGGUCCUAUGGCUGCCGAUUCCAAGGAAGCUUUAGGCUCAAUGGGUAAUGAUGCACCACUUGCCUGUCUUGCGCAGCAACCUCGUCUCUUGUAUGAGUAUUUCCGCCAACUCUUUGCCCAAGUCACCAACCCUCCCAUCGAUCCUAUUCGAGAAGCUAUCGUCAUGUCAUUGGAAUGUUAUGUUGGCCCUCAGGGCAACUUACUUGAGAUGAAUCCUUCACAAUGCCAUCGACUGAUGCUUCCAUCACCUGUCCUAUCGAUCGAAAACUUUAACGCUUUGAUGAAGAUAUCGACCUUGCACAGGGAGUGGACAGUGAAGAUUAUCGACAUUACAUUCCCAAAGAGUCAAGGAAUUCAGGGCUAUUUGGAUGCAAUGGAUCGAAUCAGCGAGGAGGUUACGGAAGGCAUCGAGAAUGGUGACAAGAUACUCGUCUUGUCCGACCGAAAGACGAACGUAGACCGUGUUCCAGUCUCCGCCUUGCUCGCGACGGGCAUGGUACACCAUCACAUGGUUCGCAACAAGUGGCGAUCACAAGCUGCUAUCCUGGUCGAAACCGCAGAAGCCCGAGAAGUUCACCACAUGUGUGUGCUCGUUGGCUACGGUGCCGAUGGUAUCUGCCCGUACUUGGCCUUGGAAUGUAUCCUCAAGCUGAAUCGCGAGGGUCUCAUUAGAAAGGACAUCACGGAUGACCAGCUCAUCGAGAAUUAUAAACACUCAUGCGAUGGGGGUAUUCUGAAAGUCAUGAGCAAGAUGGGGAUCUCUACACUUCAGAGCUAUAAAGGCGCUCAAAUCUAUGAAGCACUCGGUAUCGACAGCAGCGUUGUCGACCGUUGCUUUACUGGUACAGCAACCCGUGUCAGUGGCAUGACAUUCGAGCUCAUCGCUCAAGAUGCUUUUGCUUUCCACGAGAAAGGAUUCCCAAGCCGCGAGAUCUCCAAUAUUCCAGGUCUAGCAGAAUCUGGAGAAUACCAUUGGAGAGACGGCGGCGAGCCUCAUGUGAACGAUCCAGUCGCCAUCGCCAACAUUCAAGACGCCGUUCGCAGUAAGAAUGACAAGUCGUACGAAGCUUACUCUGUAUCCGAGUAUGAGCAGAUCAAAAAUUGUACUCUACGAGGCAUGCUCGACUUUGAUUUCGAGCAGAAACCGCCGGUGCCGAUCGACCAAGUCGAGCCUUGGACGGAGAUCGUCCGGCGAUUCGCUACUGGUGCCAUGUCCUACGGAUCAAUCUCUAUGGAAUCUCACUCCACACUUGCAGUGGCCAUGAACAGGCUUGGCGGCAAAUCGAACACAGGUGAAGGAGGCGAAGACCCAGAGCGCAGUCAGGUUCUUGAGAAUGGCGAUACCAUGAGAUCAGCCAUCAAGCAAGUAGCGUCUGGUCGCUUCGGUGUCACUUCCAACUACCUCGCCGACUCAGACGAGCUGCAGAUCAAGAUGGCACAAGGAGCUAAGCCUGGAGAAGGUGGUGAAUUGCCGGGUCAUAAAGUCUCUGGCCCCAUCGCCAGGACGAGACAUUCUACGGCUGGUGUUGGCUUGAUCUCGCCGCCACCCCAUCACGACAUCUACUCUAUUGAGGAUCUGAAACAAUUGAUCUACGAUUUGAAGUGCUCGAAUCCUCGCGCAAGAAUCUCCGUCAAGCUUGUCUCCGAAACUGGUGUCGGCAUAGUAUCGUCUGGUGUGGCAAAGGCGAAGGCUGAUCAUCUUCUCAUCUCAGGUCACGAUGGCGGGACAGGUGCUUCACGAUGGACUGGUAUCAAGUAUGCUGGGCUGCCAUGGGAGCUUGGACUUGCUGAGACACAUCAAACUCUAGUACUGAAUGAUCUCAGAGGUCGCAUCAUCGUCCAGACUGAUGGGCAGCUAAGGACAGGUCGUGAUGUGGCUAUCGCUUGCUUACUUGGUGCAGAAGAGUUUGGUUUUGCCACGGCGCCACUCAUCGCCAUGGGUUGUAUCAUGAUGCGAAAAUGCCAUUUGAAUACCUGCCCUGUCGGCAUCGCUUCUCAAGACAAAGCCCUUCGAGCGAAGUUCAAGGGUACACCUGAGCAUGUCAUCAAUUUCUUCUAUUACAUAUCGAACGAACUCCGUGCUAUCAUGGCCAAGCUUGGUUUCAGAUCUGUCAACGAGAUGGUCGGUCAUGUCGAGUGCUUGAAGAUGCGAGAAGAUCUCCGAACACCCAAGACGGAGAACCUAGACCUUGGCCUUAUCCUGACACCUGCUCAUCAAUUGCGGCCUGGUGUAGCUACAUACAAUGUUCGCAAGCAAGAUCACAAGCUCCACGUCAGACUUGACAACAAGCUUAUUGCAGAAUCAGAACUGGCAUUAGAGAAGGGAUUGCCGUGCCGGAUCGAGUGCGAUAUCGUCAACACUGACCGUGCGCUGGGAGCAACCCUGUCCUACCAGAUCAGUAGAAGAUAUGGAGAGGCUGGCUUGCCCCAAGAUACAAUCCAUGCAAACAUCAAGGGAUCUGCAGGUCAAUCUUUUGGAGCCUUCCUCGCAAGCGGUGUUACGCUAGAGCUAGAAGGUGACUCAAACGACUAUGUCGGCAAAGGAUUGUCAGGUGGACGACUCAUCAUCUACCCUCCUCGAUCGGCUGUCUUCAAGGCCGAAGAGAACAUCAUCAUCGGAAACGUUUGCCUGUACGGAGCGACUGGCGGAUACUGCUACUUCCGUGGUGUUGCUGCCGAGCGAUUCGCCGUCAGAAACUCUGGCGCAACCGCUGUUGUCGAAGGCAUCGGUGACCAUGGUUGUGAGUACAUGACGGGUGGCAGAGUUCUCGUCCUGGGUAGUACCGGGCGCAAUUUCGCAGCUGGUAUGUCUGGUGGAAUUGCAUAUGUCCUAGAUAUGAACCAAGACUUUGAGUCCAAGGUGAAUACUGAGAUGGUGGAGAUAUCUGGUAUCGAGGAUCCAUCCGAGAUCGCAUUCGUACGUGGAUUGAUCGAAGAUCAUCAUCACUACACUGGCUCUGAGCUUGCUGCUCGUGUACUCCUUGACUUCAACCGUGCACUCCCACGACUCGUCAAAAUUCUUCCAACAGACUACAAGCGCGUUAUGCUGGAAGAGCAAGCAAAAGCAGAAGCCGCGAAGAAGGCUGAAUAUCCCCUACCAAUCCUGCCUGGCAAUGCCGUGCGUACCAAUCACGAAGCAUCCAGAAACGAGGUGCACGCAAGAGAAGAGCAGCAGAAGAAGAAAGAGAUGCUCGACAUUGAAGAGUCUGUGACCGACGGUAAAGCGGAGAAGAAACGCUCCGCUCUUGUCCUUGACAAAACCAAAGGCUUCAUGAAAUACCAACGACGCAGCGAGAAGUACCGCAAACCCGAGACGCGUACACGCGACUGGAAAGAACUCUCUUCUCGUCUGGACGAAGACGGCCUCAAAUACCAAGCCGCCCGCUGCAUGGACUGCGGAGUCCCCUUCUGCCAAUCCGACACCGGCUGCCCGAUCUCCAACAUCAUUCCGAAAUGGAACGAGCUCGUCUUCCAAAAUCAAUGGCAAGACGCCCUCAACCGGCUCCUCAUGACAAACAACUUCCCCGAAUUCACCGGCCGACAUCGAAUGCGCCAUCAUCGACCGCGGCUUCGACAUGGGCUGGAUGGUGCCGCAACCCCCGUCCACCGCACGGGCAAAACAGUCGCAAUCAUCGGUUCUGGCCCCGCUGGCCUUGCGGCCGCUGACCAGCUCAAUAAAGCAGGGCAUACCGUGACCGUCUACGAGCGCUCCGACCGCAUCGGCGGGCUGCUCAUGUACGGCAUCCCGAACAUGAAACUCGACAAGACGAUCGUGCAGCGGCGCGUGGAUCUCAUGGCGGACGAGGGCGUCACCUUCCGUCCCUCGCAUCCCGUCGGGCCCAGCCACGACACAACGCUCGACAGCCUCCGUGCGAGCUCCGACGCUGUCGUCCUCGCCACAGGCGCAACGGUCGCGCGCGAUCUUAAGAUCCCAGGCCGCGAGCUCGAAGGCAUCCAUUUCGCGAUGGAAUUCCUGCACGCGAACACGAAAUCGCUGCUCGAUUCCGAGCUGGGGGAUGGCGCGUACAUUUCCGCGAAGGAUAAAGACGUGAUCGUCAUUGGCGGUGGGGAUACAGGUAAUGAUUGCAUUGGCACCUCUGUCCGACACGGCGCUCGUUCCGUCACUAAUUUCGAACUCCUCCCCCAACCGCCUCCUAGUCGGGGCAAUGAUAACCCUUGGCCGCAAUGGCCGCGUAUCUACCGCGUCGAUUACGGCCAUGUGGAAGUGAAGACGCAUAUGGGAAGCGACCCGCGCGAAUACUGCGUCAUGUCCAAAGAUUUCGUCACUGAAGAUGGUGGGGAUGGUGAUGCGAAAGGCAAAGUAGCAGGCGUGAACACCCACCGCGUCUCCUGGACUAAAUCCGUGACGGGCGGGUGGGACAUGAAGACCGUAGAGGGAAGCGAGCAGUUCUUCCCCGCGCAACUGGUGCUGUUGUCGAUGGGCUUCCUUGGGCCCGAGGAGCGCGUGCUAGGGGAGCAGGUUGAGCGGGAUGCGAGGAAGAAUGUGAAGACUGGCGGGGCGGCGGGACAGUACGCUACUAAUCUUCCUGGAGUCUUUGCGGCGGGGGAUUGUAGACGGGGGCAGAGUUUGAUCGUUUGGUAUGUCCCUCCCUCCCCGUCCCUCUCCUUUCCAUCCUCCAAACUUACCCCAUUCUUCCAUCCCCGAAUCUCAAACCCCACAUUCAUACGAACGAGUGCUAACCGUCUCCAUAACAGGGGCAUCAACGAAGGUCGCCAAGCCGCCCGCGACGUAGACUCCUACCUGAUGCAAUCAGCCACCAUGCUGCCGAAGACGGGCGGCAUCGUGCAGAGAGCGCCCUAUGAGAUCAUGGGGAAGCCGGAUCGGAUGAAGGGGAUGGCUGUUCCUGCGGCGUAG